GUCCUCGUCUCCCUUCAGGUCCAUCCAACAAGAUGACGAAGCGUACCAGAAAGGUCGGCGUGACGGGCAAGUACGGUGUCCGUUACGGUGCUACCCUGAGGAAGACCAUCAAGAAGAUGGAGAUCACUCAGCACGCUACCUACACCUGCACCUUCUGCGGCAAGGACUCCGUCAAGCGCACCGCUGUCGGCAUCUGGCACUGCCGUGCGUGCAAGAAGACGACUGCUGGUGGCGCGUGGACCGUCUCGACCACCGCUGCUGCGACCGUCCGGAGCACCGUCCGUCGCCUCCGCGAGCUCGCCGAGGUCUAAACCCACCCCGCCCUUUCCACUUCCCUUCCUCCUCGCCUCGUUCGCUCCCCCCUCCCCAGGUCGACGAGGCCUCUCUUGUUGAGACUGCGGUCGGCUCGUGUGGGUGGAUCUGGUGGCCCGGCGUGUCCACUACUCUCUGUCCUUGUCCGACGUAGCUCACUGCCCUCGAACGGUUGCCGAAUCGACUCGCGCGCGUUUGGCCCAGUC